AUGUUUAGGCGAAUAAAGCCGCAUAAGCCUUUCAGGCAAACGACACUUCAUAAUCAAACAAAGAACGUUUCAACAACGAAUAAUCAACUACAGAAAAAUAAAUGGAUGAGUUUAAGAGCUAUUUUCACAAGAUGGGUGCCUCUCGGAAGUGUUAUUUAUGUGGGAUGGUGCUAUAUCCGUGCGAGUGUAAAUUACGAAGUAUCGAAAGUGGAAAUCAAAUUUUACGAAAUGUUUCCAUUUAGAAUAACUAGUCGAAUAUGGGGCCGGUUAGCGGCCUGCGAAUUGCCUAUGUCGAUCCGAAGCUUGGUGUACGGUACGUACGUUAAAUUGUUUAAUGUUAAUUUAAACGAUGCGGCCGUGACAGAUUUAACAUAUUAUAGGAGUUUAUCAGCAUUUUUCACGCGUGCGUUACGGGAAGGUGCUAGAUAUAUAUCUCCAGCACCCUGUGUGUCGCCUUGUGAUGGUGUCGUCCUGAACUGUGGGCCUGCAGAUACUGACAAAAUAGAACAAGUGAAAGGAGUAACAUAUAGUUUAGAAGAAUUUCUAGGUGAAAACAAAUGGUCAAUGAAAACAGAUUCGAAUUAUUAUAAGUCUUUAUUAAAUAACAAAAACAAUAUAUUACACCAAUGUAUUAUUUAUUUAGCGCCAGGUGAUUAUCAUAGAUUUCAUUCACCAUGUGAUUGGACGUCAAAUUUUCGACGACAUUUCUCUGGAAAGCUUUUAUCUGUAAACCCGUGGAUGGCUAAAUUGAUACCAGGUCUUUUUACCAUGAAUGAGAGAGCAGUGUAUGUUGGAGAAUGGAAACAUGGUUUUUUCAGUAUGACAGCUGUUGGUGCAACAAAUGUUGGCUCUAUAGAAAUAUAUAGCGACCCUGAUCUACGAACAAACACUAAAGGCAAACGAAAUAGAAUUGAAGAGCUACAAACCACUGUGGCUUAUAAGAAAGGUGAAUUAUUUGGGCAAUUUAAUAUGGGAAGCACAAUAAUCCUGCUGUUUGAAGCUCCCGUCGACUUUAAAUUUGAUUUUAACUCCGGACAGCGAGUUCUUGUAGGUCAAGCUUUAACGGCUACCUCUAAAGAGCAAACAAGA